AGAAAAGCAUCGCUAUACCAAUAAAACAUGGUGUUUUAUUGGGAUUGUGUUUGCAACAUAACAAAAUGCAAAUCAAUGCACAUGUUCUCAUUAGAAAUCAUUUUCUUGUGUUUGCAAAUCAUAAGGAGACUGAUUGGUGCACAAAGCUCUUCCUCUUUUUGAGAGACGUUAACUGGAUAGAGACAUGAAGGUCAAAUCAGGUCAGCAUGACUUAGAACAUGAGACACAGGGGAGGAGUCGAAAGAGGGAAAGAGGCAAGGUCAGACAACACCUUGCUGGCGAAAAGCGAUGACCAUUCCCGAGUUUUACCUCUCAACACACACAGACAGCCAGCUCAUUGCUUCCGUCAGCCACUGCAGAGGAAAAAGACGAAUCAGCGCUCUUUCUGGUCCAGGAUCGUCCCUCCCUCCCACUGCCUCCCUCCACUUCUCUGUGCUGCUCCCACUCCUUCUCAGUGGUGGGAUGCUCUGCAGUGCUGCAGACCGAGGUGACUCCCAGCAGCCGCUUAGCUUUUACUAACGGAGCAGAAAGGAACUGCUGCAUCAUUCAGCUUUGACAGGAGUUGGAUGGGUGAUUCCUCAACAUGCUCACAUCUCUGUUUCUAAGUGGGAUACUUGGAGGGCUGCUGAUCCAAGUGCAACCUCAGCUGAUCUCUGUGUGCUUGGAAGAGGAUGAGGACCUGAGAGUCGACUGCCGGAUCGAGCCCAAGCCCAACAAAAUCAACAGUUACGAGUUUUCCUGGUCAUCUGGAACCAAGGAGGCCCUGAUCAACACGAAUGUUUCCGGCUCAGCUGCAGAGGCCCAGUUCAGAGACAGAAGCGAAGUGGUGGAGCUUGAUCCCCAUGGCUAUAGGAUGACUCUGAAAGGCUUUACAAACACACUCCCACACAACACCACCUACAUGUGUAAAAUAUCUGGGCAGGUUGAGAGUAUCAACGUGGAGAAAGAACAACUGCAGCCUUGCUCGGCUGUCAGCCUGUUUCUGAAGAGCUCGUGGUCCUGGAUCGUCCCCCUGCUGAUCUUCCUCUUUCAUACACACUGCUGAAUAAAGUGUGACACCCUAGCUUGUCCCUAUCUACACACAAACAAGCCCAGCCCUGCUUCAGUCUACAUACACAUCCAUCAACACAACAACUUUAGGUUUUAUUGCUAUUAUGGCAUUAGAAUGCUUUCAUCGAGGAAGAUGACUCAAGACGCUCUUAGACCUUUUUGCCUUCAGGACUGCACAAAUCUUUUGUGAUGUAAUGCACUGCGAGAACUUGCACAUGUGAAUAUAUAGUGAUGGAGCUCUGGUUUUCAAUAAAAGAAUGCUAAAUAUAUA